AUGUCGGCCGCCCUCCCGCCGGCGCCUCCGGGCAUCGACCUCACCCAGGACCGGCGGACGGACAUCAUCGCCACCUCGGCAGUGACUCUGGCGCUCGCCAUGCUCGCCGUGGGCCUGCGCAUCGUGAGCCGGCGCAUCAAGCGCGUGCCGCUAUGGAUAGAUGACUGGCUCAUCAUUGCAUCGCUGCCUUGCGCGUGCGCACACGUCGCCGGCAUAGCUGGGUACGCUGUGAGCCGUGGCUUCGGGAGGCACAUCUGGGUCAACCCACCCGACGCGGUGCGAUCCUGGGCGAUUGGCCUCUUCAUUGCUGAGCUCUCCUACUUUUGCACCCUGCUAUGCGUCAAGUGGUCUAUCCUCGCCUUCUACUGGCGCUCCUUCAAGAUCCGGCAGUCGAUCAAGGUGCCCAUCUGGGCCCUGGCCAUCAUCACACUAUGUUGGGGCAUCGCCGUGAUUCUCGUCACACUCUUCCAGUGCGUGCCCAUCCAGGCCUGGUGGCAGCGCUUCGAUCCCGUGAACCCGCUCCCUCCGUCCGACUAUACGUGCGGGGUCGACUCACGAAAGUUCUUUUACGGAAACGCUAUACCGACAAUUGUUACCGAUAUAUUGAUGCUCGCGCUGCCGACACCCUAUAUAUGGCACCUUCAUCUGCCACGGGGCCAGAAGCUAGCUCUGGCUGGCAUCUUCCUCGUUGGUAUUUUUGUUACUAUUGUAUCCGUCGUCCGGCUGAGCUACCUUCUACGCGGGGAUCUCACUAACCCGGAUAUUACUUGGAACUUUGUCGAUAUUGGUCUCUGGUCCAUCGUCGAGGGCAAUAUUGCCAUCUUCUGUGCUUGCCUCCCCUUUCUUCGCCCCGUCCUUAGCAAACUCGGCUUUGGGUUCCUGCACCUAUCUUCGUACCACUCGAAGUCAUGUCAGAAGCAGGACGGUAGCCAGUACGGCCAAAGCUCUCACCGCAAAACCACCGCUACGAAUUCCACCGCUAACGGCGGAGGUAAUAGCUUCGGCAGGGAUGAGGUAUUUGACGAUGACGAUUCGGGCGCCCUCCGCACCUGGGAAGGUUACCGUCACUUCGGCGUGUCGUCGUCACACGCCCGCGCGUUUGCGAGUCGAGGCGGUAAUGGCGGCAGUGGCGGCGAAUUAGAGGCAGAUGAGCGACCGUUCGUUCGGACGUCCCCUGAUGACAGGCGCAGCGCGACUAAAGUCGCUACGAAGGGGAGGAGCGCAGCUCGCGGCAAUGAUGGCUCACUUACGUCGGUCGAGCUCCGGGACCUAGCCGGCGGGAGCACAUCGCCGCUAGAGGGUAUCGUAGUAACCCAUGAAGUGCAUAUGCAGCAUCAAGAUAUAUGA